UGGGGCCUUAAAAUUCAUUUGGUUAUAACAAAAGAUGCAAGUGAUAAUCUAGUCAAACUUCUUUUAUAAUUCCUCUUUAUUGAUUUUACAUAAUUUGAGAUAUAUGUGGUUCUAAUAAAUUGUGAUUACAUGUUAAUGCUUGCGUCCAACCUUUUACAGGUUGUGGAUCUAAGGACCAAGGUGCCUCCUAAGAUUUGUCCUCAGACUCUCUCCAGGGACCAAAGGGCCAUUUCAGCUGAGAUAAAAGAUGUUUUACGUGUUAUUUGUCAAACGCAUCAGCUUCCUCUUGCACUAACAUGGAUCCCAUGUAGUUACAUGGAAGAGACUAAUGAUGAAACUAUGAGGAUGUCUUCUAGGAGAUAUAGUGCAGGUCUUAAUGAGAAAUAUGUUCUCUGCGUUGAGGAUAAUGCUUGUUACAUAAAUGACAAAGAUAUGGAAAGUUUUGUACAUGCAUGUGCUUAACAUUAUCUUGAGAAAGGACAAGGUAUUGUUGGAAAAUCACUUCAAUCAAAUAUGCCCUUCUUUUAUCCAGAUGUGAAGGAAUACCAUGUUAACGAUUAUCUACUUGUUCACCAUGCUCGUAAAUUUGGCCUAAAUGCUGCCAUAGC